CGGUGGGGAUUGGCCGCAGAGUGAGCUCUGCCAACUGGAAAACGACGGCUCAGCCUGUCUGUCUUGUGGGGAGCAAAGGGAGCGGGGUGCACAUUGGGAAGGAAAGAGCCUCGGCUGCCCGAGCCACCAUCUCCUGAGACAGACAGAUAGAGAAGAAGCCAUGCUCCGGGGAGCCCUGCGGUCGCUCCCGCCAAAGCUGUGGGGCAGGGAGCCCGCCUUCUCGCCCCCUGCUCGGCCUUUUGCCUGCAGCCCGACCACUGAAAGGUGGGAAGAAAAACCUUCUACAGAAGCAAGAUGGAAAGAUGCAGCAGAAACAGUAAUUAUUGGAGGUGGUUGUGUUGGUGUGAGUCUUGCCUACCACCUGGCCAAGGCUGGCAUGAAAGACGUACUUCUGUUGGAAAAGUCUGAACUCACUGCUGGAUCUACAUGGCAUGCAGCAGGUUUGACAACGUAUUUCCACCCUGGAAUAAAUCUGAAGCAGAUCCAUCACUACAGCAUCAAGCUUUAUGAACAAUUAGAAGAUGAGACUGGACAGGCUGUUGGGUUUCAUCAGCCAGGAAGUCUUAGAAUUGCUUCAACUCCAACGAGGGUGGAUGAGUUUAAAUACCAGAUGUCUCGGGCUGGUUGGCACCCAGCAGAGCAGUAUCUUAUCAAGCCAGAGAGGGUGCAAGAAUUAUUCCCUUUAUUAAACAUGGAAAAGGUUUUAGCUGGUUUGUACAACCCUGGAGAUGGUCAUAUUGACCCUUACUCACUCACCAUGGCUUUGGCUGCAGGGGCCAGGAAAUAUGGUGCUCAGAUAAAUUAUCCAGUCCAAGUAACUGACCUAAAAUCUAGAGCAGAUGGAACAUGGGAAGUUGAAACUCCACAAGGAAUAAUUCAUGCAAACAGAGUUGUGAAUACAGCUGGUUUCUGGGCUCGUGAAAUAGGGAAAAUGAUUGGAUUGCCCCAUCCACUCAUACCAGUUCAUCACCAGUACAUAGUUACUGCAACUAUUCCUGAAGUGAAAGCCCUUAAAAAGGAAUUUCCUGUGAUUCGUGACCUAGAAGGUUCAUAUUAUCUAAGACAAGAAAGGGAUGGGAUUUUAUUUGGCCCAUAUGAAAGUCCAGAAAAAAUGAAACUACAGGAAUCCUGGGUAAAAAAUGGAGUCCCGCCAGGAUUUGGGAAGGAGCUUUUUGAGUCUGAUUUGGACCGAAUAAUGGAUCAUGUUGAGGCUGCUAUGGCAAUGGUCCCAAUCCUAAAGCAAGCAGACAUUAUCAAUGUAGUUGCAGGCCCUAUAACAUAUUCUCCAGAUAUCUUGCCUAUGGUGGGGCCACAUCAGGGUGUUCGAAAUUAUUGGGUGGCUAUUGGUUUUGGAUACGGCAUCAUCCAUGCUGGUGGCAUAGGAAAGUAUCUCAGUGACUGGAUACUCAAUGGGGAGCCUCCUUUUGAUCUAAUAGAAUUAGAUCCAAAUAGGUAUGGGAAGUGGACCACUCCAGAAUUCACGGCAGUAAAAGCAAGAGAAUCUUAUGGAUUUAACAAUAUUGUUGGCUACCCUAAAGAAGAAAGAUUUGCCGGGAGACCCACAGCGAGAGUCAGUGGGCUUUAUGAAGUCCUUAAGUCGGAAUGCUCCAUGGGAUUCCAUGCAGGAUGGGAGCAGCCUCAUUGGUUCUACAAACCUGGGGAUGAGAUUGGAUACAAGCCAAGUUUUCGACGUACAAACUGGUUUGAACCUGUGGGCCGUGAAUAUAAACAGGUGAUGGAAAAAGUGGGUGUGAUUGAUCUCACUCCAUUUGGCAAGAUUAGCAUCAAAGGCAGUGAUUCUGCUAAAUUUUUGGACCGUCUGAUUGCAAAUGUGAUCCCAAAGAUAGGUUUCACAAAUAUAAGUCAUAUGUUAACCCCAAGAGGCAGAGUCUAUGCGGAGCUCACAGUCUCUCAUCUAAAGCCAGGGGAAUUUUUGUUAAUUACUGGUUCUGGGUCAGAGCUUCAUGACUUGAGAUGGAUUGAAGAGGAGGCAUCUAGAGGACAGUUUAACGUUGAGAUCAGAAAUGUCACAGAAGAAAUUGGAGUACUGGGUGUAGCUGGUCCAUAUGCACGAAAAGUCCUCCAGAAGUUGACAACAGAGGAUCUCAGUGAUGCAGCAUUUAGUUUUCUACAAUCUAGACAUUUAAACAUUGUGGAUAUUCCUGUUACUGCAAUUAGAAUAUCCUAUACAGGUGAACUGGGUUGGGAGUUGUACCACAGGCGAGAAGAUUCUGCACCUUUAUACUCUGCUAUCAUGGAAGCAGGCCGUGAAGAAGGAAUUGACAACUUUGGAACAUAUGUGAUGAAUACGUUAAGGCUAGAAAAGGCUUUUCGGGCAUGGGGAGCAGAGAUGAAUUGUGACACCAAUCCUCUGGAAGCCGGACUGAAAUAUUUUAUAAAAUUAAAUAAGCCAGCAGACUUCAUAGGAAAGCAAGCACUGAAGCAGAUUAAAGAAAAGGGGCUUGAACGGCAACUUGUGUAUCUCACCUUGGAAACGGAUAAUGUUGAUCCAGAGGGAAAUGAAAGUGUCUGGUAUAAUAACAAGGUUAUUGGCAACACCACAUCUGGAUGUUACAGCUACAGCACUCAGCAGAGUCUGGCUUUUGCAUAUGUCCCUGUGGAACUCAGUAAAGUUGGACAGAAACUGGAAGUUGAACUACUAGGCAAAAAUUAUCAAGCAACUAUUAUCCAGGAACCAUUGGUUAUGACCGAACCAACAAGAACACGGCUUCAGCAGAAGGGUGGAAGUGCUAAAAUAUAAACAGGCAUGCAUUUAAUUCCUCAAUAUUAAGAGUCAAUACUUGAUUAGCAUAUUUCAUUUGAGUUGAAUGCAAAUUACACAUGAAAUAUGCAACAAAAUAGUACUUUAUGUUUACUAAUCAUUAAGAAUAAGGAACAAUUUAAGAAACCACUGUUACUUAUACACAGUUCUUGCAAAUAAUGUAUACCAAGUCAGUAAAUAGCAGCAGCAACAGUCUUGAGUAUGUUGUAAAAAAAUGGGAUUGUUGCAGUAUGAUUGAGCAAGUGGCAGGAGUCCUGGGCUACAGAGCAUGUGGCAAAUCUUUGUAGAAAUGAUGGUCUGAUCACAAAGGAGAACAAAGUACUGAGGCUAAAAGCCCAUGAAGUGAUGGGAAUUUGAAAGCAGUGAAAGCCUCCUAGCUAGGUUGGCGCAAUGGUGAAAUAAGUUCCAUAUCUGAAGCAAGGGUCUAGGUAACCAAUCAGAAAUUCACUUAGAAGACAGUUUUACCUCCCAAAUGAUUUUGAACUUGCAUUGCAUAUAAGGAUGGGGGAGAAAUUCAAUUCAGUUU